AUGGCUCAUGUGGACGAGGCUGCCCGCCAGUUGUCCAAGUCUGGGUCAACCCUCUAUGCAGUGCUGGAGCUUAAGAAGGGUGCCUCACCUGAAGACGUCAAGAAGGCCUACAGGAGACUGGCCUUGAAGUAUCAUCCAGACAAGAAUCCAGGGAAUGCUCAAGCAGCAGAAAUCUUCAAGGAGAUCAACACAGCCCACGCUGUACUGAGUGACCCUAAGAAGCGGAAAAUUUAUGACCGGCAUGGCUCAUUGGGAAUAUAUAUAUACGAUCACUUUGGCGAAGAAGGCGUCACAUACUAUUUUACAAUGAAUAGUUGUUGGUUUAAGACACUUGUCCUCUUGUGUGCUCUGCUCACCUGUUGCUGUUGUUGCUGCUGCUGCUGCUUUUGCUGUGGAGCACUUAAGCCACCACCUGAGGAAGCAACUAACAAAAAAUAUGCGUCAAAUGUCCAGCAUCAGCCUCCAAGGUCAGGACGCAGAGAACAUUUUAGAAGAGGGGAAGAUGGUUCUAGUGAUGAUAAUUAG